AUGUCAAUUCCUCUUUUUGGUGCCACGACUAUUGGCCAGAGAAGUCCUAAUGGACCAGUACUGAGCAAAGCUGAGUUUGUUGAGAAAGUUCGUCAGAGUAAUCAGGCCUGUCAUAAUGGAGACUUCCACACAGCUAUUGUUCUGUAUAAUGAAGCCCUGGCUGUUGAUCCUCAGAACUGCAUCUUAUACAGCAAUAGAUCUGCAGCCUAUAUGAAAAUCCAACAUUAUGAUAAGGCACUGGAUGAUGCAAUCAAAGCCCGACUUCUCAAUCCCAAGUGGCCAAAGGCAUACUUCCGACAGGGUGUUGCCCUCCAGUACCUUGGACGUCAUGCCGAUGCCUUAGCGGCCUUUGCAUCUGGUUUGGCUCAGGACCCAAAAAGUCUCCAACUUCUGGUGGGGAUGAUAGAAGCUGCCAUGAAGUCUCCCAUGAGAGACUCUCUCGAGCCUACUUAUCAGCAGCUUCAGAAAAUGAAAUUGGACAAGAGUCCCUUUGUGGUUGUAUCUGUGGUAGGGCAGGAACUCCUGACAGCUGGCCAUCAUGGGGCCUCUGUGGUUGUCUUAGAAGCUGCCCUGAAGAUUGGCACCUGCAGUCUCAAACUGAGAGGCUCCGUUUUCUCUGCCCUGAGCAGUGCUUACUGGUCUCUUGGGAACACAGAGAAGAGCACUGGUUACAUGCAGCAGGACUUGGAUGUAGCCAAGACCUUAGGUGACCAGACAGGUGAAUGCCGAGCUCAUGGGAAUCUGGGUUCUGCAUUCUUCUCCAAAGGAAAUUACCGAGAGGCUCUCACUAACCACAGGCAUCAGUUGGUGCUUGCCAUGAAGCUCAAGGACCGAGAGGCAGCUUCAUCAGCCCUGAGCAGUCUGGGCCAUGUGUACACAGCCAUUGGAGACUACCCCAAUGCACUAGCCAGUCAUAAACAAUGUGUUCUUCUUGCCAAACAAUCCAAAGAUGAACUUUCCGAAGCCCGAGAACUCGGCAACAUGGGAGCUGUGUAUAUUGCCAUGGGUGACUUUGAGAAUGCUGUGCAGUGCCAUGAGCAGCAUCUGAAGAUAGCCAAGGACCUGGGGAACAAACGAGAAGAGGCUCGGGCCUACAGCAACCUGGGCAGUGCUUAUCACUACAGGAGGAACUUUGAUAAGGCCAUGUCUUACCACAACUAUGUGCUGGAGCUGGCACAGGAGUUAACAGAGAAGGCCAUUGAGAUGCGGGCCUAUGCUGGCCUGGGCCAUGCUGCCAGGUGCAUGCAGGAUCUGGAGAGGGCUAAACAGUACCAUGAGCAGCAGUUGGGCAUUGCUGAGGAUCUCAAGGACCGGGCUGCAGAGGGGCGAGCAUCCUCCAAUCUGGGUAUCAUCCACCAGAUGAAAGGCGAUUAUGAUACUGCACUGAAACUCCAUAAGACACACUUGUGCAUCGCCCAGGAGCUGAGUGAUUAUGCAGCCCAGGGCCGUGCCUAUGGGAAUAUGGGCAAUGCCUACAAUGCUCUAGGCAUGUAUGAUCAGGCAGUCAAGUAUCACCGGCAAGAACUUCAGAUCUCCAUGGAAGUGAAUGACCGUGCCUCACAGGCCUCCACACACGGGAACCUUGCUGUGGCCUACCAGGCUCUUGGUGCCCAUGACCGAGCUCUGCAGCAUUACCAAAACCAUCUCAACAUCGCCCGGGAGCUGCGUGACAUCCAGAGCGAAGCCCGUGCCCUCAGCAACCUGGGCAACUUCCACUGCUCUCGGGGGGAGUAUGUCCAGGCUGCUCCCUAUUAUGAACAGUACCUUCGGCUUGCUCCUGACCUUCAGGACAUGGAAGGAGAGGGGAAAGUCUGCCACAAUCUUGGUUAUGCCCAUUACUGCCUUGGAAAUUACCAGGAGGCAGUAAAGUACUAUGAGCAAGAUCUGGCACUGGCCAAAGACCUUCAUGACAAAUUGAGCCAAGCAAAAGCUUACUGCAACUUAGGCCUAGCAUUCAAGGCCCUCCUGAAUUUUAACAAAGCUGAAGAGUGUCAGAAGUACCUAUUGUCCCUGGCCCAGUCCCUGAAUAAUUCCCAGGCUAAAUUUCGAGCCCUUGGGAACCUUGGUGAUAUAUUCAUUUGUAAAAAAGAUAUAAAUGGUGCAGUAAAAUUCUAUGAGCAACAGCUGGGCCUAGCUCACCAUGUAAAGGACAGAAGACUGGAGGCCAGUGCAUAUGCAGCCCUGGGCACUGCAUAUCGGAUGAUCCAGAAACAUGAUAAGGCCUUGGGUUAUCACACACAGGAACUGGAGGUAUAUCAGGAGCUGAGUGACUUGCCCGGAGAGUGCCGAGCUCACGGGCACCUGGCUGCUGUCUACAUGGCCCUUGGAAAAUACACAAUGGCAUUCAAGUGUUAUGAAGAACAGUUGGAUCUAGGGCAGAAACUGAAGGAUCCAAGUCUAGAAGCCCAGGUCUAUGGCAACAUGGGCAUCACAAAAAUGAACAUGAACGUGAUGGAAGAAGCCAUUGGCUACUUUGAGCAGCAGUUGGCCAUGCUGCAGCAGUUAAGUGGAAAUGAAUCUGUGCUCGACCGGGGCCGGGCCUACGGCAACCUGGGGGAUUGUUAUGAGGCUCUGGGGGACUAUGAGGAGGCUAUCAAGUACUAUGAACAGUAUUUAUCUGUUGCCCAGAGUCUGAAUCGCAUGCAAGACCAAGCCAAGGCUUACCGGGGACUAGGAAAUGGACACAGGGCAAUGGGGAGUUUGCAGCAAGCCCUUGUGUGCUUUGAAAAGAGGCUCGUGGUUGCCCAUGAGCUUGGGGAGGCCUUUAAUAAAGCCCAGGCCUAUGGAGAGCUGGGAAGUCUGCAUAGCCAAUUAGGGAAUUACGAACAAGCCAUUUCCUGCCUUGAACGCCAGUUGAACAUUGCUAGAGAGAUGAAAGACCGAGCCCUGGAGAGCGAUGCAGCCUGUGGCCUGGGGGGUGUCUACCAGCAGAUGGGGGAAUAUGACACAGCCCUGCAAUACCACCAGCUCGAUCUGCAGAUUGCGGAGGAGACCAACAACCCCACCUGUCAGGGUCGAGCCUACGGGAACCUAGGCCUGACAUACGAAUCUCUGGGCACAUUUGAGAGGGCAGUAGUCUAUCAAGAACAGCACUUGAGCAUUGCUGCACAGAUGAACGACUUGGUGGCCAAGACGUUAUCAUAUAGUAGCCUUGGAAGGACCCAUCAUGCCUUGCAGAACUAUUCCCAGGCAGUCAUGUACUUACAGGAAGGUUUAAGGUUAGCUGAACAACUGGGACGAAGAGAAGAUGAAGCCAAAAUACGCCAUGGUCUUGGCCUUUCUCUUUGGGCUAGUGGGAAUCUGGAGGAGGCCCAACACCAGCUCUACAGAGCAUCAGCCUUGUUUGAAACGAUCCGACAUGAGGCGCAACUAAGCACAGACUACAAACUCUCCCUCUUUGACCUACAGACAUCAUCCUAUCAGGCCUUGCAGCGGGUACUUGUCAGUCUAGGUCAUCAUGAUGAAGCGCUGGCUGUGGCAGAAAGAGGACGGACAAGGGCUUUUGCUGACCUUCUGGUAGAACGACAGACAGGACAACAGGACUCUGACCCAUACUCCCCAGUCACCAUAGAUCAGAUCUUAGAGAUGGUUAAUGGCCAAAGAGGACUAAUACUUUACUAUUCCCUGGCCGCAGGCUACCUAUACAGCUGGCUGCUUGCUCCUGGGGCAGGAAUUCUGAAGUUUCAUGAACACUACCUAGGUGAUAACACAGCAGAAAACUCCAGCGACUUCCAGGCUGGCAGCAGCACCGCCCUUCCAACAGCCACCUAUUCAGCCCUCGAGCAGCACAUCUCCAGCGCACGGGAGGCCCUGGGGGUGGAGUCCUACUACUCCAGAGCCUGUGCCAGCAGUGAGACAGAGAGUGAAGCCGGAGACCUCAUGGACCAGCAAUUUGAAGAGAUGAACAACAAACUGAACUCAGUUACCGACCCUACCGGCUUUCUGCGAAUGGUUCGCCGCAAUAACCUCUUUAACAGGAGCUGCCAGAGCAUGACGAGCUUGGUUAGCAACACCAUGUCGCCCAUCAAGGACGGGACCUCCUCUCUUCCCAGGAGGCAGAGCUCCUUUGCCAGGCCCCCACUCCGUGCUCUGUAUGAUCUGCUCAUAGCACCCAUGGAAGGAGGCCUUAUGCACUCCAGCGGCCCUGUUGGCCGGCACCGGCAGCUGAUCCUGGUUCUGGAGGGGGAGCUCUACCUCAUCCCUUUUGCCCUCCUGAAGGGAAGCUCUUCCAAUGAGUAUCUCUAUGAGCGCUUUGCCCUCAUCGCUGUUCCUUCCAUUCGCUCCCUCAGUCCGCAGUCCAAGUCUCUUCUGAGGAAGAACGUGUCUGUGUACUCCAGCUCCACAUCCAUGGCAGCGGUCAUUGGCAAUCCCAAGCUCCCGUCAGCAGUGAUGGACAGGUGGCUGUGGGGGCCGAUGCCGUCGGCGGAGGAGGAAGCCUACAUGGUGUCAGAGCUGCUGGGUUGCCAGCCCCUGGUAGGCAGCGUAGCCACCAAAGAGAGGGUCAUGAGUGCCCUCACCCAGGCUGAGUGUGUUCACUUCGCUACCCACAUCUCUUGGAAACUGUCAGCCUUGGUCCUCACGCCCUGCAUGGAUGGCAACCCAGCCAGCAGCAAGAGCUCUUUCGGCCACCCCUACACAAUCCCAGAGUCCCUCCGGGUGCAGGAUGACGCCAGUGAUGGAGAGAGCAUCUCUGACUGCCCACCGCUGCAGGAGCUGCUGCUUACGGCGGCUGAUGUCCUGGACUUGCGGCUGCCGGUGAAGCUGGUGGUGCUCGGCUCCUCUCAAGAGUCUAACAGCAAAGUCACAGCCGACGGAGUCGUUGCGUUGACACGGGCCUUCCUGGCUGCGGGAGCACAGUGUGUCCUUGUGUCUCUGUGGCCGAUGCCAGUAGCUGCUUCCAAGAUGUUUAUCCACGCCUUCUACUCAUCCCUGCUGAAUGGCCUGAAAGCCAGCGCUGCACUCGGGGAGGCCAUGAAGGUGGUACAGAGCAGCAAGGCCUUCUCACAUCCCUCCAACUGGGCAGGGUUUAUGCUCAUCGGGAGCGAUGUUAAGCUGAACAGCCCCUCGUCACUCAUCGGCCAGGCCCUCACAGAGAUCCUGCAGCACCCAGAGCGCGCACGAGAUGCCCUGCGAGUGCUGCUGCACCUGGUGGAGAAGUCCCUGCAGCGCAUCCAGAAUGGACAGAGAAAUGCCAUGUACACAUCCCAGCAGAGUGUGGAGAACAAAGUGGGUGGCAUCCCUGGCUGGCAGGCCCUCCUCACCGCAGUGGGCUUCCGGCUAGACCCCCCAGCCAGUGGACUGCCAGCAGCUGUCUUCUUCCCAACAUCCGACCCAGGAGACCGGCUCCAACAGUGCAGCAACACCAUCCAGGCCCUGCUGGGUCUGCCCAAUCCUGCCCUUCAGGCCCUCUGCAAACUCAUCACUGCCUCGGAAACAGGCGAGCAACUCAUCAGCCGGGCUGUUAAAAAUAUGGUUGGAAUGCUCCACCAGGUGCUGGUUCAGCUGCAGGCUGGAGAGAAGGAGCAGGAUUUUGCAUCAGCUCCCAUUCAGGUUUCCAUCAGUGUCCAGCUGUGGCGACUUCCAGGAUGUCAUGAGUUCCUGGCAGCUCUAGGUUUUGAUCUCUGUGAGGUUGGUCAGGAAGAAGUAAUACUGAAAACUGGGAAACAAGCCAACAGACGAACCAUGCACUUUGCACUUCAGUCCCUGCUCGCUCUCUUUGAUUCCACUGAACUGCCUAAGCGCCUCAGCCUUGACAGCUCAUCCUCCCUGGAGUCUCUGGCCUCAGCCCAGUCUGUCUCCAAUGCCCUGCCCUUGGGCUACCAACACCCACCCUUCUCUCCUACGGGAGCUGACAGCAUCGCCUCAGAUGCCAUCUCUGUGUAUAGCCUGAGCUCCAUCGCGUCCUCAAUGAGCUUUGUCUCCAAGUCGGAGGGCGGGUCAGAAGGUGGGGGCCUCCGAGGACGGCAGGAUUAUGACAGGGCCAAGAAUGCUUACCCACAGAGAUCCACCUUGCCUAGGAGCCAGCUGUCUCCCCACACCCCCUCUGCAGGCAGCAAAGAUGAAGAAGAAUAUGAAGGGUUUUCCAUCAUCAGCACUGAGCCUUUGGCAACCUACCAAGAUAACAGGAAAAUGCGCUUCUCACCAGAUCACAGACCAUCCCGGAGUGGGACAGCUGGUGGUGUGAAAGUAUCAGUAAGCUCUAAGGGGAGCAUAAGCACUCCCAAUUCUCCAGUUAAAAUGACUCUAAUCCCUAGCCCGAACUCACCUUUCCAAAAAGUUGGAAAACUAGCAAGUUCAGAUACAGGAGAGUCAGACCAGUCUAGCACAGAAACAGAUAGUACUGUGAAGUCGCAAGAAGAAAGCAAUCCAAAGCUCGACCCACAAGAGUUGGCCCAGAAAAUUCUGGAAGAGACACAAAGUCAUCUCAUUGCUGUGGAACGUCUUCAGAGGGGUGGCAGUCAGACCAGCAAGAAUAACAACCCAGAAGAUGGCAUUUCUGUGCCAAACAGUACUGCCGUCUUCAGAGCAUCUGAAACAAGUGCAUUCAGUAGGCCUGCCCUUUCCCAUCCGAAGAGUCAGCCAUCACCAGUCACUGUUAAACCAAAGCCCCCGGCCAGAAGUUCAUCCCUACCCAAGGUGAGUUCAGGAUACAGCAGCCCAACCACCUCAGAAGCAUCUGUGAAAGACAGCCCCAGCCAGCACAGUGGCCGGCCGUCACCUGGCUCCGACUCCCAGACUUCCCUGACUGACCAGCCACUCUUUAAACUGAAGUAUCCCAGUUCUCCCUACAGUGCUCACAUUUCCAAGUCACCAAGGAACAUGUCCCCAAGCUCAGGCCAUCAGUCCCCUGCUGGCAGCGCACCAUCCCCAGCUCUUUCCUACUCCUCAGCUGGUUCUGCUCGCUCAAGUCCAGCUGAUGCCCCAGACAUAGACAAACUGAAAAUGGCAGCCAUUGAUGAAAAGGUGCAGGCUGUCCACAACCUGAAGAUGUUCUGGCAGAGCACACCCCAGCAUUCCACAGGACCAAUGAAAAUAUUCCGGGGAGCCCCUGGAACAAUGACAUCCAAAAGAGAUGUCCUCAGUCUACUAAAUUUGUCACCUCGGCACAACAAGAAGGAGGAAGGAGUAGACAAGCUUGAACUUAAGGACCUAUCUUUGCAGCAACAUGGAGAAACACCACAGAAAGUCCCUCCCAAUGGACAUUGGCGUACAGAGACCACCACGCUGAGCACGAGCACGCUGCCUGCAGGCCCUCCUGCUACAGCUCCCACACGCCCUCUGAGACUUCCUUCUGGAAAUGGAUACAAAUUUCUGUCCCCGGGAAGAUUUUUCCCUUCCUCCAAAUGCUAAAGCAUCUUUUAAACGCUCUGACUCACUACAGUAACCCAUAUUGCUGGCACUCACUUGGGCCCACUCCCUGGUCUGAGUGCCAUCACGUCACAUAGCCACCUCACAAUGGGCGGCACAUGUGCGUACAUGCAUUCACACACAUUCUUCCAGCAGCUGUGAGCACAUGUGUACACACACACAGCUCGUAGCUCAGACCAGAUUCACCAUAAGCCAAGGACUUCUGUGGGGUUGGUGCUGGAGGCUCAUGGAACUUUUCUACACUUCACCAAAUGUUUACCUUUGAACUCCCAGCUUCUCAUCUUCAACAGGAUUUUUUGUACAAAAAAAAAAUGGUCAUGGUUCUGGGGUGGGAAGAGGAAAGGGAGCACAUAUUUUGCUAGGAGGUAUAUAUGCAGUACCUUUUAUACACAGAAAAACAAGCGCUCUUUUAAGGCUUUCAGGUGCUGGUUGGGUGUGGGAUAUACAAAAUCUGUAGAAUUCUACAUCAAAGCAAUUGUAUUAGCCAAAAACAGAAUAAUGGUUUUAAAAAUGGCAAUUUUUAAAAUGAUUUACAAUUGUAGCCAUUUUGGUUUCAUGGUAUUGUAACAUCGCCGUAAUAAUGCAAUAAUUUACAUUGAAAUAGUGCUUCCAUCCUGAACUAUGUUCCAUUGAGCUCUACCAAUAUCCUUGGAGCCCCACUGUCAACCAAACUUGAAUUUUCUUAAAAAACCUAUGUAACUCUUAUCCAGGCAUUUUCGAACUAUGCAAUUGUGAUUUAAAAUGCAACUUUGUGCUUUUAAGACAUUAUUGACCUUUUUUGUACAUGGGUAAACUCGGUUUUAUUAUCAAUAGUACUUUGCAUUUAUAGCUAUUAUUUUUAAAGCUCAACAAGUUUUUUAAAAUGUCAAAUUUUGAAUAGUCAUCAAUAAGUAAUUAUCAAGUUUGGGGGAAAGGCUGAAAUUACUCAGUUUUCUUAUAAGCAAAAAAAAAAAAAAAAAAAGGAAAAAAAAAUUCAUCCCAUGGCUAACUAGAUUUAACCAAAAUCUAGCCUUCCAGCUCCUAUUGCCUUCAUUAGCUGCUUAAUGUUAUUCUCUUUUUAACUCUAAAACCUCUUUCUCUAGCUCCGUUGCCAGAUUCUCAUAAUCCCAGCACCCUACCUGUGAGCUGCAUAAGGACUGUCACUUCAGUGUGGCAAGUGCCACUCACUGCUGUAUCUGAAGGAAAAGGCCCUCCCCUGCCACAGAAGACUUACUGUCCAUGGUCCGAGGAGUCGGGUCUUUACUGGGACAGACAUCUGAACCAUUGCUGAACAGGGACGUAGCUGCCCUGGAAAACAACAGGCUGUGACAGUGAACUGAAAUGCGCUUGCUAAGACGAGGCAAAAGCAUAGUCUAUGUGGGGAGAACCAGUAAUUUAUUUUAUUAAACAAAUGAAAUUUUGAAAAAUCGUAUUAGUACUAAGUUUAGUUGGAGAAUUUAAAUCUCUUUUAAGUUAUUCUAAAACUAAGAUCUUACCAGCCUGACUUGGGUAGGUCUCACUUUAUGAUCAAACAUUUGCCCUGUAGCUUGGUGUACUCUGAAAAAAGGGUAAUAUUUAUCCAAUUUGUGUUAUUCUCUUAAGCUAUGUCAUACUUUUUUUUUUGUACAACAGCCAUGUUGGUGAAAGCAGACAACAAGGAAGGAUGUCCCAGUCUAAUCCUAAUCACAACAUCAGAAAAGAAAUACUUUAUGAAAGCAGCAAGCAACUCUGAGGUUGUCUUUGUAAAUAGGGGAAAACUGGUAACAGAAGUACCAGUGUAGCAAACGAAGCCAAGUUUACAGCACUGUGCAUUUAUAUAGCAAAAUCAGGUCUUCAACUACAAAAAAUAAACCUCAAAGUAAAUUUCUGAGUCCAUAUGUAGAUAGAUAGGCUGUUCCUUCUCAGCCUCUUUCCCAAGUGCCAAGGAGCCCUGGAGGAGGCCUGGGUCUGCUCCACCUGUGAGGAUGCAGUGAGAGCCUGCCCACCUCCAGCACAUCCCUUUCCACACCCAGCCUGAGUCCCAGGGUCACCAAGCCAGCUAGAAGGAUGUGUGGAACCUAACCUGGUUUAGUCUUCCCUACACUGCUGUUUUAGGUUUCAUGUUGAAAAGCCAAAUGGUUUAUGUAAAUUUUGGGGGGAGGGGUAUAGAUACAAGCUUCAAUAAGGGGAAACAAGAUGAUGAAAUAAUCAGACCAACUUAAAAAUCACUGUAGUAUCACCACUUCUUUAUGUUAUUUUUGGUGUUGUCUAUGUAAGUGAAAUGAACAUAAAAUCAAAACAGUAGAUUUUUUUAGGCUACAGUGAAAUAUACUUAAAAUGAUAUUAAACUGUAUAAUCCACAGAUUUUUUUUUUUUGUAUAAACAUAGUUUGACAAACUAUGACCCAGAGGCUAAGUCUGGUCAGUGGCCUGGUUUCUUAGGCUAUAUGCUAAGAAUGGACUAUACAUUUUAAAGUAACUAUAUAAAAACCUACAUAAUUGAUUUUGCCUCUUGGCCUACAAAGCCUAAAUUAAGUAAUACCUGUUUUUUUUUUUUUUUUUAAAAACAAAAAGCUUGUUGAUUCCAGGUAGAUGAUGGAAAAGUGUCACACUGUGGAUGUAAUAACUGACAUGCCUGUGAACUUGGAACUCUGGCGAGAGGUAAAUGGCUUCUGCUCUUUGCUCCACCCCACUUGGAAGGAGUCAAUGGGUGUGGGUAAAAGUUAUAGAACUAUUUCACCUUGCAAUAUAACAUUGGAUAGAUAUCUUUUACAGCUCAGGAAACUGGAUGGCCUGCCCCACUCUUUUACAUCAGAAGAAAGACAGGAAUACAAGCAAUAAAAUCUCUCUCUCCCAGAAACCUUGGUUGAAGGUGGUAGAUUCUACCUUAAUUCUCACCAAUGAAUUAACCAACUACUUCACUGCUUUUAACUAAGUCACAACACCAACGCAGAAAUACCAAGUUCACUACUGAACUUACUUGUUGAUGUACAUUGGUGUGUAGUCAAAUGAAGCAGUUCUCGCUGCCAUCCCAUUUUAAUUAAUUCUCAGCCCACACUGGUACCUGCUGAGUCUCAGCAGGAGGCAGGCGCUGCACACUGUUGGCAUCCCCCUGGAGGCUUCCCAGUGAGUGUCAGCAGGUGAUGGCCGGGGCAAGCACACCACUCCCACCACAAGGAGUCUGUCACUGUUUCAGUUCAGGUUGGAAAAAUCCACGCAAUAAUCUGGUUUGCUCUGAAAGUAAGCAGAAUGUGAAAAUUGAGUAAGUUUUAUCACAAUUUUGUUGUUUUAUUUUAAAUGAUUGUACAUGUGGUUUGUGAACUGGACCCUUAUUUGUGCCAGAUCCUUCAAAUAUGUUCCACAUAAAGGAACCUGCGGUCACCUCUCCACUCCCAAGACACCGUCCCUACAUGGCACUCAAGCCCUUGUAUGCAGUGUUAGCCAUCUUUGGCAUAUGUGGACUUCUUUUGUAAAUUACAGUUUCCAGAUGGCAUUAGACUUUUUAUAUUAUGAAACUGACCCUGUAAAAAGAACUUCAUAUUUUUAUUGAGAUUGCUAAGGCACUUGGCCUUCCUUUGUGAUUUCAGUGUCUAUUAAAGCAUGGAA